AUGAUAGGUCCAUCCCUGAAAGGUGCCCAUUCCUCUUCAACUCCCUUGGCUCUGGUGGCCUUGGCUCCCCCUGCAGUUCAGAAGAGCUCUGCUUUCCCACCUACCCCUCUGACCUCACCUCCAGUUGCUGGAGCUGAGUCAGUGUCAGUAACAUCUCUAUCAACUCCCAUUGUUACCUCAGACUCAAAAACCUCGUCUAUUCAAGCCCCCUCCCAAGUAUCCCCUAAUACAAAAAGUACCUCCAGCCCUCCAGGUAUAGUCAGUGCUAUUCCAUCCCGCUUAGCCUCUGUUCAGUCUGGAUUAGCUUCCUGUCCCGCCAAAACACAUAUCACUUCUCCUCAGGUCAAAGACAUCCCUAUUCCCUCAACUCUAACUUCUCCACAAAAUAUGAUAACCCUAAAGGAGUCCCUUGGUCUGCCUGAUGCCCUAUCUUCUUCAACCCAGUCUAUUCCUGUAGCUACUUCCCAAAAGACUGUGGCUCCCACUGAUCCAACGCCCCUAACUUCUCUGGGCUCUUAUGCUGCACCUUCUUCACAUCAGAGUUCUUUUGGUUCUUCUGUCCAACCUUUAGGUCAAAUAGGCCAAAAUACUCUCCCAAAUCCUAUAGUGGAUAGCAUUCCUGUAGGUCAUUCUUCCGUGGGGGUCUCUUAUCCUUCUCAGAGAUCUGUAAUUCCUCCCCUUCCUUCCAGAAUUGAAAUGGUUCCUGCUGCUGGGGCUGCUUUUCCAGUGGGAGCUCCACCUUCCCACCUUCCUGUCAGUGUUGACAAAGCUUCCUCUGCCAUCACUAGUACCCCAUUGUCCCCUACAAACGUGCUAAUUUUCCAAGGCUCUCCUAAUGCCACCUAUCAUCAGCCUUUAAUGACUCAGGUUCCUAUUGCUUCUCCAGGGAGUCCAGGCUUCAAAGACACGCCUGUUUCUUCUAUUGGAGUCACCCCACUUAAGAUGCCAGGCACUGGUACAGUUUCUGUAGUACCUACUACUACUGAGGUAUCUAGUUGUGUGUCUCCUCCAGUUUCAUCAGGUUCUAUAAGCAGUAAGGACCCAACUUCUCACACUUCAUUCAUUAUGGUACCUGGGGCUCCCAAACAGCUUCCUACUCCUCAAGUAAUAACCACUCUGGGGAUACCACUCUCUCCUCUGCCAGCCCCUGAAGACCCCCAAAAUCUCCCCACUUCAGUAUUGGUAAAGCUCCCCACCCAAAAAGAUUGCCAAACUAUACCUGUCUGUCCUGUAGGAGCCCCUGUUUCUCCUGCCCAUGCAAAACAUCCCACCAAAAAAGACUGUACUCCAUUGGCCUUGGCAGUCCCUGAAGAUUUCCCUUCUCCCCAAAGUACCUCUUCUCUAAAGAUGUCUUCUCCUGAGCCCACUUUAGCAAAGAAGGGCCUUUCAGAGUCUCUUCCUGUAAUGAAGCCAGCCAGCAUUGCUGCCUUUCCUCUGGAUGUUCAUAACUCCCCAACCUCUGUCAUUGAGCUAAGUCCCUGUGCAAGCCCAGACCCUGCCAGUCUGCUCAAAACUUCUCCCACUACUCCUGCUGGGGUGAUUCCUGUAACUGCCCAAGGGACCUCUACUGCUACAACUAUAGUUAGCCCUUUUCUAGAAGGAGCUGUCUCUUUGGUUCCUUCAGUCACUGAAAGUUGCCCUAUGGCUCCAGCUCUGGCCCCUGAAAUUCCCAAGUCUAUGCCCAUUUCCUUUCUUCCCCCAGCUGGGACUCCAGAUGUAAAGAAAGUUGAUGGUAUUUCUCACACCUCAGCAUUGGCAUCUGCAGCCUCCUCUCCUGAAGGACCCCCAGAUGAGAAAGACUCUGGUACUUCCAUCACUGCAUCUUCCAAAGGAACUCGAACUUCCAUCCUUGAUUCCCCAACUCCUUUAAAGAUUAGUGUGUCUCCUCAGACUAAAAGACCUCCAGCAAAGAAGGGUCCAUCUACUUCACCUACUACCUUGACUCUUGUUCCUUCUAUUUCUAAAAGUGAACCUGCUAUCCCCGUUUCUCCCAUUGGAAACCUUUCAUCCCCUGCUUCACCACUUGAAACUUCCCUUCUUCCAGAGCUCAGUCUCUCUUUUCAAGGCUCCCCAACAAAGAAGCAUUCACCCACUUCUCCUUCCUCCAAGGAGGCCCCUGCUAUCUCACUCCUCCCCAAAGAUAUCCCUACUUCCCCAGUUGGGACUCCUCCCUCUGUCAAAGGGAUCCCAGCAGUACUGUCUCCCAAAGGGGCCCCUGCAAUUCAGUCCACCAAAGAUGUCCACACUCCCCCACCCAAAACAACUCCUUCCAAAGGGGCCCCAGCAACAUCAACUCCCAAAGGGGUCCCAGCAACACCAUCCCCCAAAGAGACCCUCACUUCCCCACCUGUGGCUUCUCCCUCUUCCAAAGGGGCCCCUGCAACUCAGUCCACCAAAGAUGUCCCCAUUCCCCCACCUAUAACGACUCCUUCCAAAGAGGCUUCAGCAACAUCAACUCCCAAAGGGGCCCCCACUCCCCCAACUGGGAUUCCUCCCUCUUCAAAAGGGGUCCCAGCAGCACCAUCGCCCAAAAAGGCCCCUGCAACUCAGUCCACCAAAGAUGUCCCCACUCCCCCACCUAUAACGACUCCUUCCAAAGGGGCCCCAGCAACAUCAACUCCCAAGGAGGCUCCCACUCCCCCAACUGUGAUUCCUCCCUCUUCCAAAGGAGCCCCAGAAGCACCACCGCCCAAAAAGGCCCCUACUUCCCCACCUGUGGCUUCUCCCUCUUCCAAAGGGGCCCCUGUAACACCAUCCCCCAAAAAAUCCCCUACUUCCCCACCUGUCACUUCUCCCUCUUCUAAAGGGGCUCCAGCAACAUCAGCCCUCAAGGGGGACCCUGCCCCCCCAUCUGUGACUCUUCCCUCUUCCAAAGGGGCCCCAGCAGCACCAUCUCCCAAAAAGGCCCCUACUUCCCUACCUGUGACUUCUCCCUCUUCCAAAGGGGCCCCAGCAACACCAUCCCCCAAAGGGAUGUCAGCAACACCAACCACCAAGGAGGACCCCACUCCCUUACCUGUGACUGCUCCCUCUUCUAAAGCAGCCCCAGCAACACCAGCUCCCAAGGGAGGCCCCACCCCCUCACAUGUGACUUCUCCCUCUUCUAAAAAGGCCCCAGUAGCACCAACCCUCAAGGGAGACCCCACCCCCCCAUUUGUGGCUCCUCCCCCUUCCAAAGAGGUUCCAGCAGCAGCAUCCUCCAAAGGGAUGCCAGCAACACCAGUCUCCAAAGAGGACCCCACUCCCUCACCUGUGACUGCUCCCACUUCUAAAGGGGCCCCAUCAACACCAACCCCUAAGGGGGUUCCUAAUUCCCCACCUGUGACUUCUCCCUCUUCCAAAGUAAUGCCAAUAACAUCAGCUCCCAAAGGGGACCUUACUUCGCCACCUGUGACUCCUUCCAAAGGAAUCCCAACAGCACCACCCCCCAAAGAAACCCCCACUUCCCCACAUGUGGGUUCUCCCUCUUCCAAAAGGGCCCCAGCAACACCAUCCCCAAAAAAGGCCCCUACUUCCCCACCUGUGGCUUCUCCCUCUUCCAAAAAGGCCCAAGCAACAUCAGCCCCCAAGGAAGAUCCCGUUUCUACACCUGUGACUCCUCCCUCUUCCAAAGAUGCCCCAGCAACACCAACCCCCAAGGGGGGCUCCACUCCCCCAUCUAUAACUCUUCCCUCUUCUAAAGGGAUGCCAGUAACACCAACCUCCAAGGCGAGCCCCACUCUCCCACCUGUGGCUUCUUCCAAAGGGGUUCCAGCAGAACCAUCCUCCAAAGGGUCCCCCACCUCCCCACCUGUGACUCCUCUAUCUUUUCAAAGUACCCCAGCAACAGCAACUCCCAAGGGGGGUCCCACUUCCCCACCUGUGGCUUCUUCCAAAAGGGCCCCAGCAACACCAUCCCCAAAAAAGACCCCUAAUUCCCCACCCGUGGCGUCUCCCUCUUCCAAAAGGGCCCAAGCAACAUCAACCCCCAUUUCCACACCUGUGACCCUUCCCUCUUCCAAAGAGACCUCAACAACCGCAUCACUCCAAAGUUCACCUACUUCUCCAUCAUCAGUCACCUGUCCCAUGGAGGCCAUAGUCCCUCAGGUAUCUAAACGGCAGUCAGCAAAGAAAGGUCCUGCCACUCUCAAAGAAGUAUCUGUUGCCCCAUCUCCAGAAAGUGCAUCAGUUGUCAAAGCUCCCACUCAGAAAAGUCCAUCUACCAAGAAGAGUUCUCCUUCACCUUCAGUAUGCCCAGAUCCCUCAGCUAGACCAUUUCCAGCUCCUUCAACAUCCUCUACUCAGAAGGGCUCCUCAAGGACUCCCAAAGCCCUCCCUAUUUCUUCCAUAAAGGGCAAAGAUCCUGUUCAUGCCCCAAAGGUCCUCUUGACUCCUCCUGAGUCCAAGACAUCUGCCCCUCUAUCAUCCGCUGCCUCUGAGAAGAUCCUUCCUAAAACUGGAUCACCAUCUGUCUCUCCAGCACCCUCCCCAUCAGUCUCUCUGCCUCUUGCUCCCUCCCCAGUUCCCCCUCUGCUUCCUAAACAGCAAUUUCUGCCGUCCUCUCCUGGGCUGGUGCUGGAAUCGCCCCAUAAGCUCCCAUCCCCUGCUGAUGAGGAUGAGCUGCCGCCUCUGAUUCCCCCGGAACCAAUCUCGGGGGGAGUACCUUUCCAGCCGGUCCUCGUCAACAUGCCCACCCCCAAAUCUGCUGGGAUCCCUGCCCCAACCCCCUCUGCCAAGCAGUCCAUUCUGAAGAACAACAAGGACUUAGUAAUGACCAGUUUCCCAGGGACUUCUUAA